AUGAUUACCUAGCUUAGUCAAAUAGAGAGAAGUUUAUCAAAAAUAACUAGUCCUUCUUAUCAUACAGUGCAAGGUUCUAUGAGACAUCUUUCCAUGAGUCAAUCACAAAUGACUCGAUCUAAAAUUUAUACAUCCUCUCAUCCUGAAUCUCAAUUUCUAUAAUUAGAUAAUGACAUUCUCGAAAUAUACAAUGAAUUUGAGAAGAAUUACAAUACCAUACAAGAAAUAGACAAAACUAAUACUAAGAUUGAAGCAAAAUAAAAGUUUAUUGAGCAACCCAAAAUAAUAUAACAACAGAAGAAGUUAUUAAAAACCUUCGAUGGAUUAUAGUAAUCUGAUCUGGAAAUAGAAUAUAUUAAUAGGAUAUAAAUAGUCAGAUUUAGAUUUUAUUACUUUAGGAUUAAAAUUAAAGGAAAAUAAUGUAAUCCUCCCUUGCAGAUCUUAUUGAACUUCCCUUCCAAAAUAACUAGCACUCAAUACAAGCUAUUCGUAUCGACUUCAAUAGAAUUCCCAAACAAAUUUAAUGCUGAUCAAACAGUUUAAAGUAGAUUUGUAAAGGUUAACUCUAAACAGAACUCGAAAUUAUUUUUUGAUGAAUAUGUGUAUAUAACCUUUUAUAGUGAAUUUGAUGCCAUCAUAGGUAUGUAAAUCACUUUUGGAGAGUAAUACACACCCACAAAUGCAUAAAAAUAAGUCUAAUCAAUGCUAAAUAUUGAUACUUUUCCUGAAAGAAGGACCAUUCAUCCAAAAGAUAAAAUUCUAUAAAAUAUUGAAAUGGCUAAAACCAAAACCUAUUCGAAAUUAGAUGAAAUACUAAAGGCAAAGCGUAAUACAAUUCAGAAUAUAUUAGAUAGACAUACUAAAUCUUAAGAAACAAUUCAAAAAUCAAAAUGGAUUUAAAAAGAAGUCAGAUAAACAAGAUUAAUCAAAUUAUUAGUCAAAGAUUAAAUAGUGUAGUUCAGAGAAGUAGAAAAGGUUCAUUAGAAAGAAUUACAAUUACAAAUAUUUGUUAAAAAGAAUUGGAUAUUGAUAACAACAAUAUUCAAUGUCUGUAGAUAAAUUCAUAGAAGAUUAGAAAAAAUAAGACACAAGAAUAAAAUCGCUGCUAAAGCUAAGUUAUUAGUUUGGUAAUUGCACACUAAAGCUUUGAUUGAAGUAAGGAAAUAUGGUGAUAAUCCAUUCAUAAGAUCACUAAGUAAAUCAUCUCUUGUGUUAUCUACUUAUACAUAAUACAUCUAAGAAAAAUGUAUUACAAGAGCCGAAGGAAUUUUAAGUGAAUUCUUGGUGGAUAUCAUUCUUUAUUAAACUUUCAUUAACAAACAUAUUUCAUUAAUUUCUAAAAGUAUCCAUAUUGAAUAGGUUUUAGUUAAAUGCAUUUAAAGAAAUUAUAGAAAACUACGAUUGGUUCGAAAGAAUUUCAAGGAUAAAUUUAUUAAAGCAUUCAAAGAAAAACUUUAAGUUCUUUAUCAAGGAAGAGGAAGCGAUUAAAAGGCUAGAAUUAAUAUUGAAUAGUAUUUUUCUUAGAUAAUUUUUAGACACAUUAUAACUAAGCUGUUUGAUGAAUACUCAGCAAAGAUAAAACAUCGAUGGAUUGAUUCUCGAAGAGCCAUGAAUGUUUUGUCUGUAUUAAAAAAAAGCUUUUCAGUCUCAAGAUAAGAUAUCAAAUUAUAUUCAUUACCUGAUGAAGCAGAAAUGUAAUUGAUAAUUUAAUAAUAUUACAAAAUAAAAAAAUAACUGAGCUGA